AUGAUGAGAACCACCCUAAGAAUCAGAGGACACGCGUCGCAUGUUGCUCAGGUUUGCCAGAUGAGGACGGCUGCGAGUAGCGCAGGUACUGCUGCAGCAGGGACAGCUGGAAUAGUAAAGAAAAGUUACAAUAGUACAGAAAGCAAAUCUGCGUUUGCAGCAAAACCGGAGGCUAGCAAUGGAAACGGCAUGAAGGAAUAUUCGGGUAGUCUUAACACCAGACUCGGGGGCACACCUUUGGAAUCCCGCAGCACGCCCACUAAUACUUUGAACGGUAGUCAUAAGCCGGUCAGGGAAGAAAUUGACUGGUACACUUCGUGGUAUGGGCUAGGUAUGAAGCCAUUCGAAUCGCAAGUGCAGAAGGAGCUGGUUCAACCUUUGGAACCUAAGGAUAUCGAAGUCAAACCAGACGGGUUGAUUUACCUGCCUGAGAUUAAAUACCGUAGGAUUUUGAACAAGGCAUUUGGAGCAGGCGGGUGGGGGUUGGUCCCRAGGUCGGAAACUAUAGUAACGUCCAAACUAGUGACCAGGGAGUACGGGCUUAUUUGCCACGGCCAAUUGAUCAGUGUGGCCAGAGGUGAGCAAGACUAUUUCAGCGAAUCUGGUAUACCAACAGCCACAGAAGGUUGUAAGAGUAAUGCCCUGAUGAGAUGUUGCAAGGAUCUCGGUGUCGGGUCCGAGUUAUGGGAUCCUGUUUUCAUAAAAAAGUUCAAAGUCGAACAUUGCACUGAGAAGUUUGUCGAGCAUGUUACCACCAAGAGGAAAAAGAAGAUUUGGUUAAGAAAGGACAGACAGGUCGAGUACCCUUAUAAAUAG